UUCAAGGGACGGUACGGUGAAAGUGUUUGGUUGGGGACAUGCCGUGCCGUCCUCUUCAGGUACGGCACACCAACGCAAAGUUCACUACUGCUUCUGGGGGAAAAGAAAGAAAGAGUGAAUGAAAGAAGCCUCACUUUUUUAAAAAUGAAAUCCGGUCUCAUCGUCACAACCAUAUUCGGUCCGCUCCUCUUUGAAUAUGACGUAUAUUUUGAUGCAGCCAUUGACAAUGUUAUGCUGAUGAGAAGUAAGGAUUUUUUUUUUCUCUCUCUCCCUCUGACCAUUGUACUUGUACGGCCGCCCCUUGUAUGUAGAGUGGAUCGGAUGGCGAUGGCGAGUAUGCUUUGUUCUUUCUUUCCAUGAAACUUGAGGCUUUCAUUAGCAACUCCAACUUGGUUUUUUUUUCUAAUACCUGCAAACCACCUAAAGCUGAUAUUUUUUACAAGAAAAUCAUGUUGCACUCAGAAGCAGAAUUUUAUUUAAUGUUUUUGAGAGGGAGGGAGACAAAGGCAGGUGAUAGCCAGACAGGCUAGCUGUUAAAAGAGCAUUGGCAGAUGGUGGCACCAGAUGGAGCCUUCCCAGGAAGAAACGCUGUGACAGUCUCGAGUUCUUAUCAGGGUGAGGUGUCUACUGGAUCAGAGCAUUUGGUCAUUGGGUCCAGCCGGCCGGCCGUCCGUUUGUCCUUUUAAGAUCACAAAACAGAGCUUUCUUGCCAUCAUGAAGCUACCCAACCUCCAGGUGUUGACACUGGUGGGGUGUAUUGGAAUUGAUGAUGAUGCCCUUGCUAGCCUUGAGAAAGAAUGCAGUAAAUCACUGCAGGUGCUUGAUAUGUCUCAUUGUCAGAACAUCACUGAUGUGGGAGUUUCAUCCAUAGUGAAGUCGAUACCGAAUCUAUUGGAACUGGAUCUUUCAUACUGCUGCCCUCAGGUUACUCCUUCUAUGGUGAGAAGCCUCCAAAAGAUUUCUAAACUGCGGAGCCUGAAGCUGGAAGGCUGCAAAUUCAUGGCUGAUGGACUAAAAGCCAUUGGAAGCUCUUGUGUUUCUAUUAGGGAGUUAAGUCUUAGCAAGUGCUCUGGAGUGACAGAUAUGGAACUCUCUUUUGCUGUGUCAAAACUAAAGAAUCUGCAGAAGCUGGACAUCACUUGUUGUCGCAAUAUCACUGAUGUUUCAGUAGCUGCCAUCACUGGUUCGUGCACUUCCCUCAUCUCUCUGAGGAUGGAGUCUUGUAGUCAUGUUUCAAGUGGAGCACUCCAACUAAUUGGGAAGCACUGUUCUCAUUUGGAAGAGCUGGACCUUACUGACAGUGAUUUGGAUGAUGAAGGGCUGAAAGCUCUCGCCGGAUGCAGCAACCUUUCGAGCCUAAAAAUUGGCAUUUGCUUGAGGAUAAGUGAUGAAGGUCUGGCCCACAUUGGAAAGUCUUGCCCAAAACUCCAAGAUAUUGAUUUGUACAGGUGUGGAGGCAUUGGUGAUGAAGGGGUUAUUCAGAUUGCUCAAGGCUGUCCAAUGCUAGAAUCCAUCAAUCUAUCCUACUGCACGGAAAUAACAGACCGUUCACUGAUGUCCCUCUCAAAAUGCACAAAGCUAAAUACACUGGAGAUCCGUGGCUGUUCCAGGGUUUCAUCCUCAGGGCUCUCGGAAAUAGCAAUGGGGUGCAGGCUGCUUUCCAAGCUUGAUAUCAAGAAAUGCUUUGAGAUUAAUGAUGUGGGCAUGCUUCACCUUUCACAGUUUUCUCAUAGCCUCCGUCAGAUAAACUUGUCAUACUGUUCGAUCACCGACAUUGGACUGCUUUCACUUUCUAGCAUAUGUGGCUUGCAGAACAUGACCAUUGUACAUUUAGCUGGUAUUACGCCUAAUGGCUUGAUAGCUGCUCUCAUGGUCUGUGGUGGUUUGACAAAAGUGAAGCUUCAUAAAGCAUUCAAAUCCAUGAUGCCUCCUCAUAUGCUAAAAAAUGUUGAGGCACGUGGCUGUAUUUUCCAGUGGAUCAACAAACCAUUUAAGGUUGAGGUGGAACCUUGUGAUGUAUGGAAGCAACAGUCCCAAGAUGUGCUUGUACGAUGAGAAGGCCUGGAAGUGUAGUGUUUGUGGGAAGGAAGGGCAUGCAUCAUGGCGAUGGAGGGGUUCUUGAGUGGCAUUCAGAAGUCAGGCCAAAGGAUGAAGGAGCUCAAAAUUUUGUAGUGUAAUAGUCAAGAGUACUGUGUCAAUACUUAAUUGUUUGAGCAGAAGUAUGCUCAGUUGUAUGGUAAUAUAGAUGACUAGAUCCAUCCCAGCUUUUUUCUGGUCAAGUGGUGAAACCAGGGAGUAGGUUACAGUUUUGACAAACAAAAGCAUGGAUUUCUCUUGCUGUAUAUGUAGCAGCAUAUAGAUGAAUGGAAUGGAAGAUACUGUUAUUGAAGAGA